GAGUGGGAGGAGGAGGCGGCGGCGGCGGCGGGGCUGAGGUGCGAAGCGAGAGCGAGACAGUUGACUCUCGAGGAGCGGAUGUAAAUCAGUGUAUAGCAGAAAAUGUCCACUGAACAGACUUCUUGGACAAGCUUGUCCACUAUUCAGAAGAUAGCCCUGGGCCUCGGCAUCCCAGCCAGUGCAGCAGUUGCCUAUAUCCUAUACCGCAGGUAUAGAGAAAGCAGAGAAGAACGGCUGACGUUUGUUGGAGAGGAUGACAUCGAGAUAGAGAUGAGGGUUCCCCAGGAAGCUGUGAAGCUCAUCAUUGGACGGCAAGGAGCCAAUAUUAAACAACUGAGGAAACAGACCGGUGCUCGGAUUGAUGUUGACACAGAGGAUGUAGGCGAUGAGCGAGUGCUGCUUAUCAGUGGUUUUCCUGUCCAGGUGUGCAAGGCCAAAGCAGCCAUCCAUCAGAUCCUGACAGAGAAUACCCCAGUGUCCGAGCAGCUCUCAGUUCCCCAGAGAUCCGUGGGCAGAAUUAUAGGGAGAGGCGGCGAGACGAUUCGUUCUAUCUGUAAGGCCUCAGGAGCAAAAAUUACCUGUGACAAAGAAUCAGAAGGGACAUUACUACUAUCAAGACUCAUAAAAAUCUCAGGCACACAGAAGGAAGUGGCAGCAGCUAAGCAUUUGAUACUGGAGAAAGUUUCAGAGGAUGAAGAACUUCGGAAGAGAAUUGCCCAUUCUGCAGAAACCAGAGUCCCACGCAAGCAGCCAAUCAGUGUGAGAAGAGAAGAAAUGGCAGAGGCAGGAGGAGCUGGAGAACCAGCUUCAUGGAAAAACAUCAGUUCUAGCAUGGGGCAGACUGCACCUUUGGAGAUUCCUCCCCACAAAGGAGGUGGUGACAUGGCUGUUGUAGGACCCAAAGAAGGUUCCUGGGAAAAACCUAAUGAUGACAGCUUUCAGAAACCUGGAGCCCAAACCAGUCCAGAGAUGUCCAUGUUUGAAAUCCCCAGUCCUGACUUCAGUUUCCAUGCUGAUGAGUACCUAGAAGUCUACGUUUCUGCCUCUGAACACCCUAACCACUUCUGGAUCCAAAUCAUUGGCUCACGUAGCCUGCAAUUGGAUAAGCUUGUCAGUGAGAUGACCCAGCAUUAUGAGAAUAGCCUGCCUGAAGACUUGACUGUGCAUGUAGGAGACAUUGUAGCAGCACCUUUAUCUACAAAUGGUUCCUGGUAUCGAGCCCGGGUCCUUGGAACAUUGGAGAAUGGGAAUUUAGACCUCUACUUUGUUGACUUUGGAGAUAAUGGAGAUUGCCCACUGAAGGAGCUCAGGGCUCUCAGGAGUGACUUUCUAAGCCUUCCAUUUCAAGCAAUUGAAUGUAGUCUGGCAAGGAUCGCCCCCUCAGGUGCACAAUGGGAAGAAGAAGCUUUAGAUGAGUUUGACAGACUCACUUAUUGUGCUGAUUGGAAGCCCCUUGUGGCCAAGAUCUCUAGCUACGUCCAGACUGGGAUCUCAACUUGGCCAAAGAUCUACUUAUAUGAUAUCAGCAAUGGGAAGAAACUUGAUAUUGGGCUAGAAUUAGUUCGUAAAGGAUAUGCGAUUGAGCUUCCUGAAGACAUGGAAGAAAACAGAACUGUCCCGGACAUGUUGAAGGACAUGGCCACAGAAACAGAUGUCUCUCUUGCCAGCAUGCUUAGUGAGACCAAAGAGAGCCCGGAAGAGCUACCACAUACCCUGUCCUGCCUCAGCUUAUCAGAAGCUGCCUCUAUGUCUGGAGAUGAUAACCUUAAAGAUGACUACUUACUUUGAAGUCUGUGCUUCAGCUGGAUGAGCCAUCUGCUUUGCAAUGAUUUGGUGCCAGGAGAGCAGAAUCUCCAAUAGAGAUCCAUGCAGUUCUUCCUUUUUUACACAGUCUGGCUUGGACCAAAUUCAUUUUCUUCUCCCAUUGGACUACCAGAAAGUGUGUGGGGAAGAGGGAGACAAAUACAUCCUCCCCACACUUUACCCCCAGUCCCCUCCCGACUGCUGUUAUUUCCAGGCCUCUGAGUCAAGCCAGGUCCCCUCUGCCAGUCAUAAUGUGCGUUAUUGUGGGGCUGUGUCUUUUAAGGCUGGGAAACAGCCAUAGUUUGGGCACUGAAAUGAUGAUUCUGCAGACUCUGACUCACCCUAUCAGGUGACUUGAGUUACAGGAAGUGUUUUGAGUCCUGUUUGAGUUGAAGCAAAAGCAAAUAUCAGCAAAAAUACUAAGUAGCUUCAGAACAUGGAAGGAAUGCUACCUCCCAGCUGCAAUUUCAGAUAGGUUAUUGGAGACAGAAGUGUGUGAGCGUGGGCGUGGGAACUUGAGUUAAAAUGCAAGUAAAAAGGAGACCACUCAGGAAAUACUGUAAAUUGGUAGUAAAGUGUCUAAAUCAUUUGGGGGACUGUUUGAAUAAAAAUCUCAAGAAUAUUUAAACCAACUACUCCUUGGGUUCCAAAGUGGAAGCUGGCUUAUGGGUAAAGUUUCAUCUAAACCUACGUCUCAUGAGAGUUACCCACUGCAUCACAUACAGGGGCUGUAAAACAAGGUCUUUCCAUGCACACACUCACUUUCUUCCCCCAGAGU